AUGACAUUAGAAGAAUAUUUCAGAAAAAGAGGAUAAGAUAAUAAUAAUGCAUAAGUAGAGAAAAAAAAAAAAGUACAACACUUUAGUAAUUUAGUUUUUGGUUACUAGCAAUGAGUUCUUUAAAGAAUUCCAAAAUUAAGAUGCGAUGAGAAGAACAUACAUGGGAGAUAGCAAAUAUGUAAAUAUGAAAUAGGAUUUAAAAAAGAAAAUAUAAGAUUAUGACAAGGAUUUAUUUUAAAAGUAUGCUAAUAAAUUUGAUUUGGGAAAUGGUUUUGGAAAGUGA